CAUUCACAUAAAACUAAGUUUCCCCUCAAAACAUGUCCACCAAACUCUUUAUUCUUUUUUAGAAGUUACAAUAAUAUUGUUGAUGUAUAUAAGUAGAUAGCUCUUGACAAUCAAAAUCCUGCACAAAAUGGCUUCUUCUAAGUUGGUUUACCUUUCUAGUUGCUUUUGCAUUUGGCUAGUGAUGGCUAAUGCGCAAGCACCAGCAGCAUCACCGGCUACACCAACCACGACUCCUCCACCUACUACCACACCUGUUGCAGCAUCACCCCCAACUUCCACGACGCCUCCACCUACUACCACACCUGUUGCAGCUUCACCUCCACCAACGACAACGCCUUCACCUACUACCACACCCGUUGCAGCAUCACCCCCACCUUCCACUACGCCUGUUGCACCAUCACAACCACCAGCAACUUCAGCACCACCUCCAACAGUACCUCCGCCUAAAGUUGCCCCCGUUUCUGCUCCAACGACCCCACCACCACAACCUCCACCAACUCCACCAGCAACACCACCACCUGCUCCAGUUUCUCCUCCACCACAGAUAGCCCCAGCACCAGCACAAAAGCCACCAUCGCCAGCACCUGUACCACCACCAGUGUCUCCGCCUAAGGCACCACCAGCACCAGCACCGGCACCAGUCAUUCAACCACCAGCCCCUCCACCGGCUGUGGUAUCACCAGUAGCAGCACCAGAGUUACCACCCGCACCAGUACCAGCUCAUGGCAAGCACAAGAAAAGGAGGCACAGGCAUAAGCACCAUCACGCGCCAGCACCUGCACCGACUGUGCCCAGCCCCCCAGCACCACCAACCGUCCAAGAUUCUGUGGAUGUGACACCAGCACCAUCACCUAGUUUGAAUUUGAAUGGAGCAACGAUCUUACUGCAAGGAAGCACAUCUAGAAUGUGGACGAAUGCUGGUUUGGCGAUGACUAUUCUUUUGGCCAUCAUAAUCUGAGAUUCCCACAGACGUUACACGAGAAGCUAUAUGUUGCAUUACCAGAAAGAAAGUUUUGAAAUGAGAUGGGACUAUUUAUAUGUUUAGAGAAAAAAUAAUGUGGAGUAUGAUUGUUAUUGUUGUAAUAUCAUUGAUAUUCUUUUCAUCCAGAGAUUUACGUGAAUGUAAUUGAUUUUCUUUCACCUACAGAAUGGCACAAUCAGUACUAUUA